AUGUCGGGUAUUAUCAAUGUAUUUUUUGCUACAAUGAAAGGUAGUAAAUAUUCUGCACAACUCAAAGAAGGUUAUAGUGUUGAAGAUAUUAAAAAAAUAGUUCAAGAAAAAUUUGGUUCUACUAACUAUCGACUUGUCGUUAAUGGACAAGAAAUACAAGACAAUGAUCCAGUUAAAUUUGCUGAAUUAAAAAAAUCCAUUAAAAACAGUACAACCAUUUAUGUUUGUCAACGAAUGGAUGGUGGUUCAGGUCUAGUUGAUAUUGAUUCACACAAGGCAACGAUUCUUGUUGAUCUUCAAGAUGAAUUACGUAAAAUUCCGACCCAACAAACAAAUUCAAAAUGUAUGAUUUGUACUGAAGAAAAAAAAUGCAUUAAAUUUUGCUGUAGUUCAAUCAUUUGCAAAGAAUGUUUUCCUAACUAUUUUGCCAAUUAUGAUUAUAAAAUCAUUUGUCUUACUUGUAAUAAAACUGUAUCACCAGAAAAAGUUUUUGUUACUUCACAAUUUAUACAAUCACUCCUUCAACUGGAUGAAACAACAUUAAUGGCUCGAAAUAUUGAUUUUCAAAUAUGUACUUGUGGUGCAUUUUCUAUCAAUAGUACGAUGUAUGCAAAACAAAAAUGUGACAAUUGUCAACGAUGGUUAUGUUUUUUUUGCAAUGCUGAUUGGAAUGAAACAGAAAAAAAAAUGCGCAAUGAAACAUAUACAUGUAGAGUAAAUUGUUUUUGGGAAACGAAAAU